UAUGCAUUUGCAGCCCUCAAAGGCUGCUUUCAGUCAUUGCAAGAGCUUUGGCUCAAGGUGAAUAAGGACAGCAACUUACAUGUUACUGUGUAUUGGAUCAUGUGCUGCAUGAUCCUACACAACAUGGUCAUUCACUUUGAGAGUGAACAGAGGGAUAUGCUUGGCAAAGGAACAUUGCACUGGGUGAUAAGGGAAGGCAAGGAGUUGGAUGGUGGUGGGAAUGAGGAUGUAGGUGAGGAACAAUGGGGGACACUGGGGCAGCAACAUUGCCUUGUGCUGAUGGAAAGGCUGUUUGAGCAACAUGGGAUUCACAUGUAG